GUGUUCUUGAGUGUUUCGCUCUUUAGUUCGUCCCUCGUGCUUGAAUUUAAUUUCAUUAGAUAUGCUUCGCUUAUAAACAUAAAAAUGCCUAAGAAAAAGAAAAUUGUUAAGAAAGUUAAAAAGAAGUUUUCUCAAAAACAAAUUGAACAGUUCAAGAAAGACUUAGGACUGGGUGAAGAUACGAUAAAACAUUUAAAUGAGGUCGAAGAAAUAGAGAAAUCGGCGAAGCUCGUAAAUAAAAAUGCAGGCAAAAAGGGAUGGGCAUCUACAGACGUUAUAGUUUACAGAGAUCCACCGAAAAAGAAAAAUAAAAAUACAAAAACUAGUAGAAAUUCAAACGACCUAUCAUCUGACGAUCCUCAAAUAAACUUGAACAAUAUUCGUCGAGAAGUUCAUGCUUUCGCCUUAAAAGGAUUUGAUAAAGAUAAAAGGAAAGAUGCGAGAAUUCGUCAACUAGUAAAAUUAGGUGCAGAUCCUCCUAAAGGACCAAGUUUAAACAUAAAAGAACUUAAGGAGAAAAAAUUUCAUGAAAAGCAAGAAGAAAAAAAUAAAAAAGAGACGGAAAAAAAUUUAGGAUACAAAAUAAGCUCUAUUAGUGCUGGAGCUAUGAAAAAGCGUCGCUCAAAGAAAGAUAAAAAUGAUAUUGGAGCUCUUGAUGGUCAAGUAGGAAGACAUAGGGGUGGUAUAACUAAGCUGAGUAAAAGAGACAUAACAUCCAUAUCGGGAAAGAAACAUAAAAGAUAA